AUGCGGAAUCUGCGCAAUGUCCAGCAUACGGCGCUUGGAUUUGACGAGAACGAGGCACCACUUGCCGCAACAGCAUGGGAUGGCCACAGCGUGAUAUGUGCUUUUGGCCCUUCCGAGACCACUCCAGCCAUCACACUCAAACGCUUCCCCUCACAUGCUUGGAAUCCGCAAGAUGGCAUCCUCAUUACAUCCUGGGACGCGCCCUCCCCAAAUCCCGCCUUGGCCUUCGACCGCGUCCUGAGCCUCCACUGCUUUCCUGACACGGGUGUCGUCAGCUUGGUCCUGGAAGGGGGCGACAUCUAUGUGGUGCGCGAGGAUCCUCAAGCUGGCGAGGAGCUCAUCGAGAUUGUGGGCUCGGUUGAUGCGGGCAUAGCAGCAGCUGCGUGGAGCCCAGACGAAGAGCUUCUGGUGAUCGCAUCCAAAGCAGAUACGCUCCUCUUCAUGACGAGAGAUUUCGAGGGCACUGCAAACAUUGCUUUGUCGCCGGAAGACCUCACGGUCUCCAAUCACGUCUCAGUCGGCUGGGGCAAGAAGGAGACUCAGUUUCAAGGGCCCAGAGCCAAAGCGUUGAGAGAUCCUACAGUGCCAGAGCACAUCGAUGAGGGGAAGCUGAGCACAUAUGAUGAUUCCAGGACUUCAAUCAGCUGGCGAGGCGAUGGCCAGUAUGUGGCCAUCAAUAGCAUUCUCGAGCUGCCACAUCUGAGGCGGCGAGUGAUUCGUGUGUUCUCCAGAGAAGGAGUGCUUGACAGCGUCAGCGAGCCAGUCGACGGGCUGGAAGGAGCCCUCAGUUGGAAGCCGAGCGGUCAGUUGAUUGCGGGUCUCCAGAGACGAGAUGGCCGAGCCGAUGUGGUCUUUUUUGAGAGAAAUGGUUUGCGACAUGGCGAGUUUAGUCUUCGUUUCACCCAAGAUGAGCUGGACGCCUUUGCCGGAGAUAUUGCACUCGAUUGGAACAACGACUCCUCGGUGCUUGCCGUGUCCACGAAUGACAGAGUCCAGCUCUGGACCAUGGGAAACUACCAUUAUUACCUCAAGCAAGAAAUCCUGCGAGCACGGCAAUCACCCGGCCUUGUCCACACAAGCUGGCAUCCUGAGAGACCUCUUCAUUUGUCGGCCUUCGAGCCUCAGGGCCUGCGGAUUCUUGCCUACUCCUCGGAAGUCUCAUGUGGCUCACUAGUGCCGCCUUGGGACAUGGGAACUGUAGCUGUCAUCGAUGGGAGUCGGCUGAAGAUAACGCCACUUCGGACUGCAAACGUUCCACCUCCGAUGGCCUUCGAUGAGAUUGAGACGCCUAGGAAUGUUGUUGAUAUGGCCAUCUCUCCCAAUGGAAUGAGGCUUGCUGUUCUACACCACGACCGCAUAACCCUAUGGAAAUGCAACUACAGCUCGAAGCCUGCGAAGAAGGCGGAGCUAUUGGAAACGCUGCACCUUGACUUGCCGCCUGAUGAAGCUGGAAGGCAGAUUGCUUUUGACGAAGACGACCUCACGGUGAUAUCUUCUUCUGUGAACCUUCAAGGCACUCGCAUCAAUACUGUAUCUGACUUUGGAACGUCUGCUUCUCGUUCUGAGCUGGAUUUGCCUUUGAUAUUCCACCCAACAAAUCAUCAGAGACUGCUCCUUGAGAACAAUAGAGGCGCCGUUCACGACCUCAAAACCAAGGAAUCGGUCGCCACCUUACCUGUCGCCUGUCCUGAUGUGGAUAUUUGGCAGACCGGGGACGCCGCAAUCGUCUUUGGUCUUACUGCCACCGGGAUGCUUCACGUGAAGAGCGAUAUUCAAGCACUGAAAGUGUCUGGUUGUACCUCCUUUGCAGUCACAUCAACACAUCUGAUCUAUACCACAUCGAGCCACCUGAUCAAGUUUGUCCACUUGCAUGAUGGCCAGCUUGAGCUUCCUCCAGACGAGCCAGAAAAGGACGAGCGCUGCCGAAAUAUUGAGCGAGGUGCCAAACUCGUGACGGUCAUACCCAGCGCAUACUGUCUUGUCCUGCAAAUGCCUCGUGGCAAUCUGGAAACCAUAUACCCUAGAGCGCUAGUCCUUGCUGGCAUUCGAGCUGCAAUCAGUGAUCGAAAUUACAAGAAAGCAUUCAAGAUCUGCAGAACACAAAGAGUGGAUAUGAACAUACUACACGAUUAUGCACCAGACCAGUUUAUGAAUGACAUCGAGCUCUUCAUCGAACAGGUCAAGAAGGUGGAGAGCAUUGACUUGUUCUUGAGCUCACUGAGUGACGAGGAUGUCAGUCAGACCAUAUACAAGGAGACCCUCAAACCUCAGACCGCGCCCAACGGUGUCAAUGGCGGGAACCGAGUCUUCAGUGGCGAUGCGUCUCACACAAUGGUUUCCGCAUUGUCGAAGACCAACAAGAUCUGUGAUGCGUUCCUCGAUGCUCUAGCUACACACACCGCAACGCAUCUUCAAAGCAUAGUCACUGCGCAUGUGUGCAAGAGUCCUCCCGAUCUCGAGGCUGGGUUGUCACUUGUUGCAAGACUUCGCAAAGAGCAGAAACAGGACGACCUGGAACAAGCAGUGGAACACAUUUGCUUCUUGGCGGAUGUGAACCGCCUUUACGACACUGCACUCGGGCUUUACGAUCUUGAUGUAACCUUGCUGGUGGCGCAGCAGUCGCAAAAGGACCCUCGAGAGUAUCUUCCGUACCUUCAGAGCUUGCAUGACAUGGAGCCUCUUCGCCAGCGGCAUGCUAUUGACGACGACCUGAAGCGGUAUUCAAAGGCUCUCUCCCACCUUCACGCUCUCGGGGCAUUCCAUGAAGUGAAGACCUACGCUGCGAAACACGAGCUGUACAGUUCAGCCAUUGAGCUAUACCGCUAUGACAAUGCUCGCCUCAGCGAGUUGAUGCGAAUCUACGCAGACUUCUUGAGCUCACGUAAUCGAUACAAGGAAGCCGGCAUUGCAUACGAAUACAUCGGCGAGUAUACUGCUGCGUAUGAAGCGUAUCGCUCUGCGAGUCAGUGGCGCGAGUGUCUCGCCUGUGCUGGUCUGGCAGGCUUGUCUGACGAGAAGAUUGCAGAGAUUGCUCAAGAUCUCGCAGAGGCCUGCGAGGAAUCCAAAGAGUACAUCCCUGCUUCAACCAUCUACCUCGAGUAUCUCAAUGAUCUAUCAUCUGCAGCGCGGCUUCUCUGCAAGGCAUACCAGUUUUCUGAAGCCACUCGGCUCAUCGCGCAGCGUCGUAAGCCCGAACUGCUCAAGGAUGUCAUUGAUGCUGGCCUAGUCGAAGCAUCUGCAACUGUCACCGAGCUCUUGGCCGAGAUGCGGACUCAGCUACAGCAUCAAGUGCCAAGACUUCGCGAGCUUCGUCUGAAGAAAGAAGAGGACCCAAUGGCUUUUCUUGAUUCUGGCGAUGUCAAUGCUGAUAUUCCAGAUGACAUCUCACUAGCUCCCACCGACGCCACAACCAGUGCUGGAACCUUCAUGACCCGAUACACAAAUCGAAGUAUGGGCACGCUUGCAACGAAUGCUACGCGCAAGACAAGUAAGAAUAAGCGAAGAGAGGAAAGGAAGCGCGCUCGUGGCAAGAAAGGCACCGUUUAUGAAGAGGAGUAUUUGGUGAACUCUAUUACGCGUCUCAUUGAGCGCCUCAACGAGACCGGGGACGACGUUGCACGCCUGGUAGAAGGGCUCAUGAGAAGGACUAUGAGAGAGCGUGCCGUUGCGGUUCAAGCUGCAUGUGUGGAGGUGCAGGACGCUUGCAAAAAGUGCAUGGAUGAAGUGUAU